AUGACGGUGAACUGGAAUUUCUCCAAACCAAAUAUCAUGCCGGAAUUUCAAGACCUUCCAACAACCAUCCAGACGAAGAUAUUUCAAUACCUAAUGCCAAGUGAUUUGAUAUCAAUGGCGUCGACUUCUAAACAAGUAAGGUGUGCGAUUAUGUCAGACGAUUUUUUGGUCCAACUUUCUUUAAUAGAUAACUAUGAGGAAUACGUGAAAACGCAAGACUCUGAACAACUUUUGGAGUUUGAAACAUUGCAAGAAACGACUGCGACAGAUUGCUUGGAGAAGACAUACCCAAAACUCGUUGAAAAUUACAUUACAGAACAGAAAAAACAGAUCCCAGGCACCAAAGUAUUUACAAAGGAAUUUUUGGAAGUGUUCAGCACGAAAAGAAUAUUUAACGUUUUGAAUAUAUUCUUGUGUAUUCCACUUGUGUUGUAUUUUUUGCCAAAUGUCGGAUUCUUUUCAUCAUUUUUUGGAGUCGGGGCGGUCAUUACAUACCUCCUGGAAAUUAAGGAAACACUCAAUAACAUCCACAAAGUAAUUUACCACAAAGACACACUCAUUUAUCACGUGUUGCUGAUACAAUGCUUAAUUAAGUAUAAAGAAAUUAUCGCAUUCAUUUUGACUGCAUUGCUCUUUCCAAUUUCUUUGGGGCACCCAAUCCUUAUGUUUGUAGUUGUGUUGGUGUGGUACGCCUCGCCAAAACUGAUCAAAAACGAAAUGAUGAAAAUUGUUAUUGGAUUUGCAGUUGCAGUUCUUGUCAUGACACUUUGCUCAGUAAUUUCAAAUUCUGUCGUUCUUUUAUUAGCAAUUUCUUGUGUACUUUUGGUGCCAUAUGUAAUAGAAGUUGCUGUGUUCAAAUUAUAUAACAAAAAUGUGUGUCCAAAGAACGUCGAGGAAAUACUCGUUGGGUUGGCGGUUGGUGGAGUGAUUGGGGUGAUGGACACGAUCGUAAAAAUACCAAGUAUUACUGGAACUCUUGUUGGGCUUCUUAUGGCAACAAUAAUAGCUGCUUUUAUUUACACACAUCAAUCAAAAUAA